AUGAACUCGACUGAGUCAGCAGCGGAGAAGAGGAAAGCAGAUGAAGAAGAAGAGAGAGAGGAGCCGUCGAAGAAGCCUCGCCAGGAAGAAGAUGGCGAGGAAGGAGGGGAACGGUUCGAGAGAGCGAUGGGACAGCGUGUCCGGAAUCCAGGGCAGUCAACGAUAGAAGGAGAGCUGGAAAGAGCUCUGCAUGACUCCAAGUUCAUCUCGGACCUCAACUUCGGGCAUCAGAAGAAGGUUCAUUGGAACAGAGCAGCCAGGACUGACAAAGGGGUUCAUGCUCUGGGAAAUGUCGUUGGACUCAAGCUCCUCAUCAAUCCUGAUGUUGAUAUGGUGGAAGAAGUCAAUAAACACCUCCCGUCAGACAUUCGAGUACUUGACAUAAAGAGAGUGACGAAAUCGUUUCAUGCUCAACAACUUGCAAAUGGAAGACAAUACCAUUAUCUCAUUCCAACCUUCGUGUUCGAAUCCUGCGAAGCGCCGGAGACAUCUGAGUUGAUACCAGAAGGAAAGACUGAAAAUAACAAGAACUUCUGGGAAGGCUGCUCCAGUUAUACACCAACAGAGGAGGAGAUCGCCAAGGCAAAAGAUUUCAGAGUGACAGGAACUCACUCGUUCCACAACUUCACCUCUGGAAAGAAGAAAGGAGACGCUGAUGCGAAGCGAUACAUAGUCUCUUUCAAAGUUGGGGAACGUGUCAUCUUUGACGGCUAUGAGUACCUGGAGCUGAGAGUCGAAGGUCAAAGCUUCCUGCUCCAUCAGUGUGACAGAGAUGUUGUUAUGGAGAUGGGACGGACGUGCAUAUUUGAUAACCUUUAUAUCUGUCGUGUGCAGGUUCAUAUUCCGCUAGUUCCCGGUGUCGGUUUGUUCUUGAACAAAGUUCUCUACCGCACUUACAACAAGUCGAAUUCUUGUCAUCCUCGUCUCCACGUGUUGACAAGACAGGACAAGAUCGAAGACUUCAAGACGAAGAUGAUGCUGCCGGAGAUCGUUGCCAGGGAAAGGGACGAUCAUUGUACAUUAAAGUGGUUGAAUGAAAUUAAGGUCUUCUACAACUCAUGGUUGUGA